AUGAAAUAUUUGGUGUGGCAGCGUAAACUGAAAGGGUAUGUUAUCUACGACGUGGAUAAAAAGGGUUAUGAACCGUCGUGGGAUUACCCGCCCUCUGACACGUGGGGCGUCAUUGUGUUGUCCUCACCGAACGAAGAUAACUUCAAAGGAUGGGCGAAGCAAAAGAAGGCCGAAAUGAUCGUUAUGGAUUGUCCUGACGAGCUUGAUGUGAAGGCGAUGUGUGCCUGGAGGACGCGUGAUAAGUCUGCAGCGGAGCAAACAAACUACUGGAAGAUGGUCAACAAACGCAUGACUGAGGUGGACCGAUCCACGUUACAUUUUUGA